GGCUUUGAGGUCAUCAUGAAGGUGGUGCUGUUUGAACUUUUGGUUGUCUGGCUGCUCGGAGCGCUGCACGCAGACAAAAACCCUCAACCUGAGCAGAUGGGACUCGGUGAAGAUGAGCAGCACGUGAGCAGAAGAUACGCUGAGUCGGCCAUAGCCAGCGAAAUCAGCAAAAUCAUGGAUUCAGUGGUGCAGAAGAACUUUGUUGAUUUCUUGCUCAAUCAGAGGGAGAAAAAAAGCAAGUAAGUCUCUAAAUGUUGAAGUAGAAGAAGUCACGCCA